AUGGUACCAAUUUACGGCCCUCCGAUGAGGGGUUAUCAUCGCUCUUUGGAUCUUAAUUUGGAGACUAGGAGGAACAUCAGAGGGUAUCAGCUUCCCGGAGCUUCUAUUCGGUUGGCUUUUUUCAUUUUUAACGAAAUCUCAAAAAGAAGUCGCAGGGAGCAGAUUACGCCACAAGGAGUAAGGAAGCUGGUAGAGUUGAUAUUGGUCAUAGAAGGAGCAACGGAAGACUCUGCAAUCGCACUGGCGAACCUCACGUCUAAUCCAGGAUCGAUACCUGCCCAGUAUAAUUUUCCAAAGAGAGUAGGAUCAUUGCCUUCUAAAGCGUUUUCUGAAAGACGGGAAAUGGAUGCGGCCCUCGAGAAUGCGAUGCGAUGGCUUCCAGUGGCCAUUCUAGAGUGCUUAUAA